CAGGGCUCUUGAGCUUCGGCAGGACCGGAGACGAGUAGACCAGAGAGUAACCAAAGCUGAAGUUCCCCAGGACGGCCGCGAAGACGGCCAGGAGCGUGUGAGAGAGAGGCAGAGAGAGUACCUGUUAAAUCCAUCUGCAUUUCCUCUGAGGUCCCCAGUGAUGUUGUGGAAAAUGGAAAGUGUGUUCUUGUCCCAGCAUGUGGAUAUCCACACAGCGACCCAGGCUCCCAGCUGCAUCUAUCCCAGCUCUGUUGCACCAUGGGCAGCCUCAGUUUCAGCUGCUGGCCCCUGAUCCUGCUCCAUAUGCUUCUGCUGCAGAUUCAGGCUGUUCAGGUCCAGGGAAUUGAUCCCGUAUCUCAGAAGCUACGACGACUCAACGAACAGUUCCAGCAGUUCCAGGCGCUGACCCAGGCCCGUUUGGACAUGUUGGCCCAGAACCAGAACAGAAACUUCUCAGGGGGGCUGGAGAGCCGCGUUAAGGCCCUGAGUGAUCACUGGCGCCACAUGACACAGGACCUCGAGCAGCUCAAGCAGACCACGACGCAGGAGAUCGAGGGUCUCAGAGAGUGGAGCAGGAAGCUGGAGAAGAAGAGUAAGCGUAUGGAGGGUCGCCUGGCUUUGAUGGAGAGGAACCUCAGAGAGAGCCGCCGCCAAGCGCAGAAACAGAAGCCCGAGCCUGAACCUGGUCAGGAUUUCUUCAACCUCACCCUGGAGCUCCAGAGCCAAGAGGAACGGCUGGCUGCCCUUCAGGUUCAGCGUGACGAGCUGCUCAUUGGGCUGAAAGGGUUGCAGGAAUCCCUGAAGAACCAGGCAUUGCGUGUGACCCGGCUGGAGGGCCGGGUGGGCGAGGUCCUGCAGCAGAAUGGAGGAGGGAAAAGCAGAGGGUUGUGGAGGAUGGGCGAGCCCUUCAGCUCCAACAUCACACCUCAGGAAAACUAUGAUCUAAGCAGGAGAGAUCAGACACAGAGAGGAGAGAGGCCUGGAAGGAUUCUGGACACCCAACCCAGAUCAGAAGGUAUCGCCUAUUCCCAGACUGAUGAUCAUCCACAUCCACAGCCCUAUCAAUACCAGGCAACACCAAACCAGCCUAAACAUUCAAAGACCCAGAGGCAAAGACCUCAGCCAGAAUACCCAGCACAGUAUUCAAAUCCUAAACCUCACUCCACAGAGUACCUACCCCAGCCUGACCGUUACCCUCCACAGUCACAGAUCCAGGUGCCGGCCCAGAUAAGGCCCUACCCAAUCCACCAGGAGCAGCUCCAGUCUCUCCAGACUGUGCCUAAUCUUCAUGCUCAGCUCCAGCAACAAUCCCAGCCUCACUUAUAUCGCCAGAGACACCCCCAGUUACACAACCCCAGUCACCGCUCUUGGCCCCUGCCCCUGCGCAACGCCCCAACCCGUCCUGAACCCAACAGAGACAGACAGAGUGGGAACAGUCAGGGUGCUCCACAGGGUGCUUCAGAUGAUCUCCCUCAGCCCCAGCCUGAGUCUUAUCAGCCCAGGGUGAGAGUGUUGGAUGGAGGAAAGGAGGACUUCCUCCAGCUUCCUGUGAGGCACAAGAUCCCUACAAGACCAGUUCCAAAAAAGGAUGCAACCAUCUGUAACGUGGACUCCAUGCUGUUCUUCCCCUCGGCCUCAGCGGAAAACUAUGUCACCUUCUUCCGGACUCUCCCCGACCUUCCAGAACUCUCUGUGUGUUUGUGGCUCCGCGUGGAGGCAUCUCAUGUCGGCACCCUGCUCUCUUAUGCCACAGACGACAACGACAACCAGUUGGUUCUGUAUGGCCGAAACUCCUCUGCCUCUCCUGCAUCCUUCUUUUCUUCUUCCUCAUCUUCCCACCCCCUCUAUGCCUCCUCUUCCUCCCCUUCCCUGGACUUUGUCAUCGGAGACCCUGUCUAUCGCCGUCUCCCGACGUCCUCGCUCCUGGAUGGUCGCUGGCACCACCUCUGUGUCCUCUGGUCGUCCAUCCAGGGCCGUUUCUGGCACUACAGCGACCGCCGGCUCGCUUCCUCAGGCUCCAACUUUAGAAAGGGCUGGGAGAUUCCUGGAGGUGGCUCAGUGGUGCUGGGGCAGGAGCAGGACACUGUUGGUGGAGGGUUUGACCCUGCAGAAGGUUUUGUCGGGCAGGUGGCGGGGUUCAGGGUGUGGAACCGAGUGCUGAGUGAGUCAGAAGUGGAAGGGGUGGCAGAGGGAAGAGGUGUGCCCAGGGGGGUGGUGCUUGGCAUGGAGGACAUAAAGGAGGUACAUGGGGAGGUGCAGCAGGUGGCAUGUGAAUGUUUAGAGCACUGUGUGUGAUCACGUCACAGAGAGGGAUUCAAAAGAAGAGUUUUAUUCUAAAUCAUAAUUUCUGCAGGGGAUGUUAAUGCCUCUUGCUUGCCUGCCUCUUAAACAGCUCGGUCACCAAAAGAAAAUCUUGGCAUUGUAAGUUUCAGUAAACCAUGGAUAUGUUACGUUUCAUACAUAUCAUAACUAUAUUUCCAAAGAGACGUAGUUCUGAUAACAUAUAUAAGAGCUGACUUUGUCAUUGGGGGGGGUGGAGGGGAUGGUGAGACAGCUGCCGAGCUGCAGAACACUAUUUGAAACCAAAAACAACCAAACAGGUUGUUUUUUAAUGAGAUGUCAGUGGUGUAUCCAGAAACAUUUGUGCCAUCAAACCUGGGUGUCUAUUAGCAACACAAUAUGACGUUUGUGCCACCAAACCUGGGUAUUUUUUAACAACACAUUGUGGGGUUUCCAAAGGUGUUUGUACCACUAAACCUGGGUGGCUUUUAGCAACACGUCACCGUUUGUGCCACCAGACCUGGGUGUUUUGUAGCGACACAUCAUUGGAUUUCCAGAGGUGUUUGUGCCACCAAAACUGGGUGUUUUCUAGCAACACGUUGCAGCAAUUGUGCCACCAAAAAACUGGGUGUUUUUAGUGAGACAUCGUGGUGUUUCCAGCAGCAUUUGUCCCCACAAACCUGGGUGGUUUUUAGCGAUGUAUUAUGGCAUUUCUUAACCAUUAUCGAGUGCUUUUUGUGCCUAAACAUAGGCACAGCACAGUUAAAACUAAAGUUUCAACAUAUCCUCUACAUAAUAAUGUACAAAUGUCACAUAUCUAUGGUUUGCAGAGACGUACAAUGCCAACAUUUAUUGUGGUGGUUGGGCUCUCUUUAAAGGCCAAAUAACCACUUUUUUCCUUUAAGAUUUUAUUUUUUCAAAAUUGCUGGAUGCACACGCAGCGGUAUACUUUUACUGGAAUUAAAGAUAGAUUAACCAAAACUGGGACUGGUAAGACUGAUAAACUAUGCAAUAUUAACUUGUGAUUGAUCUAUCAGACAAUAGUUAAACACUACAAAGAAGUGUGCCUGUAAAUGUGAUAUUAAUGUCCAUUGUUUUAAUGCCAAACACUUCUAAAGGGGGAAUAUAACACUGUUUCCACCAGUGAAUAGGUAGUUUGGUAUUAAACUCUUCAAAUGGUGCUAAUGUUUUAGUCUUUAUUUGUCACUUACCUGUAAAGUCCAUUAAAGACUAUUUUAUCUGAGCUCAGUAUAGGCUCACUUCGGAAACACAUUCCUCCUGAUCCAUGUCAGACAUUAGAGGAUACAUAAUAAAACAGCCUGUUAUUAUUAAUAUUAACUUUAUCAAACAUAAUACUUUAUAAUGGUAAAGGGCCUGUUCGUGGAUGUCUUUGGAUUAUUUUUAUAUCCACUGUGUCUGUCUUCUGGAUUGCAAAUAGAAACGUAUAAUACUUAUUUUUUAAAUGAAUAUAUUUGAUAAAACACAUGAUGCUUUUGUUUUAUCUCUUUGCUGUGUGGAUAGGUAUAUGUCCAAUAAAAGACAGGGUGACAGGAUGCAAAUGUUUUUGUCCACCCCAGACUUUUUGUAAGUUAAAAAAGGGCUUGAGGUAGGCAGAAUGGUAUAUUAAAAGUAGUUAAAAUGAGUCACAGAUGAUCUUUACUUAUUUCUGCAAUUUCCCUCACAUUUCUAAAACACUGCGUUCAGCAAUUAAAUUGUUUACAACAUUCUUAUGAAAAGACAAGAAAACCCAGGAUAAGUCCCAGGGAUGAGCCUUAAAUGACUCACCCUUCUCAGAAACUGGGGUGGGAGGUUUGGGGUUAUUUCCAGUGUUUUAGCCUAUAGUGGUAGAUGUCAACUGUCAUGAGCAUACAGUGUGAAGCAGGUACUUGGGGCUGGAUGGAGCAAGAGAUCACUGCAGAAAAUAACAAAUUAAUUUUAUUCAGCUCUCUGUGGUACUGCCCGAAAUGUUAGUGACCCAUUAAUUCUCCAUUCUGAACAUAGUUGUCUUUUUAUGUUUGGCUUAUUGUUGCUGCCCUUUUCCAUGACUGUGUGUUAUUCUGUGUGUGUCUCCUGUAUGUUCGAAUGUCUCAAA